CACUGUCCUAGCGUUGAGGGUAUCAUUUUCCUUUUCUUUCCCCGCAUUACAUUUGCAAACCGAGACCCGAAACACUCGCGUCAAGAGAAGGGAAGGCGCAGGGAUAACCUGACCAGCACUGCGCCCUAGGACGGACAUCAGGAUCUAGCCCCGCGACCGUAGAGUCCGGAAGUGCGGACAGAGCGCCGCCGGGCGGUGGCGAGGGUGGGGGUGGGCGCAGGAGCGCCGCCCAGAGCUUCCCAGGACUAGGGAAGGCUGCGCCCCAGCUGGCUGGCGGGAUGGCAAUAACGCUGGCCUUAAAGGUGUUCGCGGGGCUGUUGGCAGCGGCUCUGGCGGCCCUGCUUUUGGAGCACUACGGCCUGACUGGUCCGCCCUCUUCACUGCCCCAGCCCCUCAAUCCCCAGAGGCCGCACCCGGCGCCGGGCCCUGGAGACAGCAACAUCUUCUGGGGCCUGCAGAUAUCCGACAUUCACGUGAGCAGGUUUCGCGAUCCAAGCAGAGCAGUAGACUUAGAGAAGUUCUGUUCUGAAACUAUUGACAUCAUUCAACCAGCUCUCGUCUUAGCAACAGGAGACCUGACAGAUGCCAAAACAAAGGAACAGUUGGGAUCCAGGCAGCAGGAGGUAGAAUGGCAAACUUACCAGAGUAUUCUGAAGAAGACAAGAGUCAUGGAAAAAACCAAGUGGCUGGACAUCAAAGGAAAUCAUGAUGCAUACAACAUUCCAAGUCUGGAGAGCGUCAAGAAUUAUUACAGGAAGUAUUCUGCUGUACAUAGGGAUGGCUCUUUUCAUUAUGUUCACAGUACUCCCUUUGGCAACUACUCUUUCAUCUCUGUGGAUGCCACCCAAAAUCCAGGGCCUAAGAGACCUUUUAAUUUCUUUGGAAUUUUAGAUGAGAAACAGAUGAAGGAACUCUUAUUAUUGGCCAAGGAAAGUAAAGAGAGCAACCAUACAAUUUGGUUUGGACACUUUACAACAUCCACUAUCCUUUCUCCAUCACCAGGAAUCCGGUCAAUCAUGAGUUCGGCUACAGCUUAUUUGUGUGGGCACCUCCAUACACUUGGUGGACUCAUGCCUAUUCUGCAUACUCGUCACUUCCAGGGCACUUUGGAACUUGAGGUAGGAGACUGGAAAGAUAAUAGAAGGUAUCGAAUCUUUGCUUUUGAUCAUGACCUUUUUAGCUUUGAAGAUUUGAUCUUUGGAAACUGGCCUGUGAUUCUUAUUACCAAUCCUAAAUCACUCCUCUAUAGUUGUGCUAAACAUGAACCUCUAGAAAGAAUCCUUCACUCAACACACAUCAGAGUCUUGGCCUUUUCCUUAUCCUCUAUUACUUCUGUCACCAUUAAGAUUGAUGGAGUUAAUUUAGGACAGGCUAUUCAUUUGUCUGGUCCUAUUUUUAUACUGAAGUGGAACCCCAGAAACUACAGUAAUGGGACACAUAACAUAGAAGCAAUUGUCCAGGAUUCUGCUGGAAGAAGUACGAGUGUUCACCACAUAUUUUCUGUUCAAGAGAAUAUUCAUCUCACAUUUAAUCCCCUGGCAUCAUUUAUUCUCCUUACUGACCACUGCAUGGUGGUAAAACCUCCAAGAUUUAUAAAUUUGAUGUCAUUUUCCCUUCACCUCUUGAGCAAAAUAAACAUCUUCUACUAUUCUAUGUUGUUGAUGACCCUGUAUGUAGUGCUUGGACCAUGGUUUUUUGGUGAAAUUAUUGAUGGCAAAUUGGGUUUCUGCUUUUCCUUUGGGAUAUUUGUUAAUGGACAUUUCCUACAAGGUGGUGCAACAUUUGUAGCUGGAAUUUUCCAGGUGGUGUUUUUCAACAUUCCCUUGAUGGCUUACCUGUGUUGGAGCUUGUUGCAGAGGUGCUUUGGUCACAGCUUCAAGUCUCAUCUCCAUCAAGGAAAAUACUUGAAAAUUAUACCUGUUCACCUAUUUAUGCUACUGCUGUAUAUCUGGCAGAUUUAUUCCUGCUACUUUCUUCAUGUGACACAGGGCACGCUAGCUCUUUUAUUCUCCCCUUUGCGGACCUGGUUGACAUUGCUGACACCAGUACUCAUUCGUUGUGUGUGGACACUGAACUCCACCAAGUUUGGAACCUUCAUGUUGCAGUUAAAAAGCCACCUGAGCUCCUGAAAUGCAUGUCCCAUCACUGCCAGCUGGGCAGAAGUUCAGUCUCUGCAUCUGUAGCCCUGGUCUCUGCCCCUACUAGGUGGAAAGCAGAUGUCAGUGGAUGAGCUUCAGAGAGCUGCUGCUUCUUGGACACGUGAAUGUUGGAGGGAUCACUCACUACUGAUUCCUGGAGAGUGGACUGAAAAAGAGUCUAAAUAAUGACUUGAUUUCUUUCUUCCCUAAGGAGGCAAAGAGAAAGCCCUAAACAAGGAGACCCACAGGGUAGGGGCUGGGUGUGUGUAUGGGAUUAUCUCAGGAGGCCCAGCAUUUUGGGAGGUUAUCCCAUGUAAAAGCAUCCAGCGCCAUACACAGGGUUAUGGGCUCUCUGCUUCCUUAGUCGGGAGUGUUUCAGCUAAUCAAAUAAAUGAAUGAAUGAAGAAUAAGACACAGAACGAACCUGAA